CGCAGAUAGUGGCCGUUACUCAUCUCGUGAGCGCGCACGCCAGUGGAAAGUUUCAUCGUCACUGACGGCGUCGCGCAGCCAAGGGACAACAAUCACCCUGGAGAAAGCGCUGAAACCAACACGAAGAAAUGGGUCGCCUAACAUUACUGUUACUCUGUCUGGCUCUUCUGGUGUCAGUUGUGGCCAGACGAGGGGGUGGUGGUAAAACUGGAGGCUGGGGCAAAAUUGGUGGUAGCUCAAACAAGGGUGGAAGCAGCAGCAGCAGCACCAAUAAAGGCACUUCAUCACGUGGGACACAGUCGUCCCCUGGAAACUAUCCUCGCCAACCUCAAGUACCAAACCAGAAUCCACCCCCCUACCCUGGUACUGGAGGCGGGUAUCCGGGACAGGGCAGAUAUCCACCAGCAGGCUCUAACCCAGGUCAAGGAUACCCUAACCAAGGUGGAUACCCUAAUCAAGGUGGAUACCCUAACCAAGGCAGCUACCCAGGGCGUGGUGGUAAUCCGGCCCAAGGUGGUUAUCCAGCCCAAGGUGGUUAUCCGGCCCAAGGUGGUUAUCCGGCCCAAGGUGGUUAUCCGGCCCAAGGUGGCUACCCAGCUCAAGGUGGUUAUCCACAAGGUAACUACCCAGGGCGUAGUGGUUACCCAGCACAAGGUGGUUACCCAGGGGGAGGAUCUUAUCCAGGAGGAGGUUCAUAUCCCAACAGAUACCCUGGACAAGCCGGAGGAAAUCCUUACCCAGCUGGAGGCUCUUAUCCAGGUUAUCCAGUCCGUGGGGGUUCCAGCCCUAAUCAGUUUGGUGGGGGUUUUGCAGGAGCAGGUGCGGGUGGAUAUCCAGGAGCAGCACAAUAUCCUUACUGGAACCCCAGCAACAAAAUCAUGAGCCCUGGCUAUGGUGGCAACUAUGGUAGUUAUGGGUAUGGCGGAAGAUCCCCUUUCGCCCAGUCAGUGCAAAACGCAGGUCUGGCCCCUUCAUAUAAAUCAAAGGGCUUUGGCAAACAGGCAAUUUUGGCAGCUGGGGCUGGGGCAGUGGCCGGUAUGGCUCUGGGAUAUGGCCUUGGAAGUUUCCCUCGCCCCCGUUUCCAUUUCCACAGCCCGCAGGAGGAAUACUACUACAAUCACUACAUGUACAAACGUUACGGCCAACCCCCCCCUGACAGUAACGUGAAUGGGAACACUAACUCUCAAGGAGGAAACCCAGGCGAUGCAGGAUCGACCUCUGCUGGACAAGGAAACGUUAACCCUCAUAACAUCUUCCAGAAUCCUCCACCACAGUCCUAUGAUAAUUUCAUGGACAAGUGUGUGAAGAGGACAGACUUGCUCCGAGAGAAACCCGAAGGGAGAUCAAGGAGAUCCACUGACCUUGUUGAGGCCCAAGCAGCAGAAGUAGCCGAUGAUCCUACUGGUGCCCAAGAAAAUGUCACAAGCAACAACAGCACCGCUGAAAGAGACACUCCCGAAAACUCUUCAUUUGUAACCUCACACCCACCCGAAACACCCAGUCAACCUCAAAAGCAGACCCAGGGAAGGAAUGUAGAAGCUGACAAUGAUGACGAUGACACUGUUAGCAUUAUGGAGAUCGGGUAUCCUGCCCUAAUUGAGCAAAUGAAAGCGCGGCGUUGCGUCGAGCUGUACAUGGUCUAUGCGGAACAGCAUGCGGAAAAACAGGUGCAAGAUCGCAGUAACACAGAUAUUGGAACCAACAGCGGUAGUGGUGACUUACCUAGACCCUUAGGCCACGGAGUCAUGCUACUCUUUGCUAGCAUUCUGUCACUUCUCUUCAGUUCCCUUCUACACUGAAGUUCUGGAAGAGGUUACAUGUAAAGCCAUUGAGUCAGGAAUUUGUCUAGAAUGUUUAGAGACUUUGGACUAGUGAAGAUUCAAGAGAAAGUACUGACACUUCUUACAGUGAUUCCUGUAUAGUUACUCUACUAAAUUGCAACAUGAGCCACCUAACAACUUGUCAUGAGCCCACAUUUUUUACAACGUUCACCUUCUCGCAUGUGUUUUGAUGAGCACUAACUUCUUUUCCAAGACAGCAUACAGCAUGGACCCUUUAUUAUCUCCAAUUUAAACAAAAUUGUGCAUGGCUUCGGAAUUUGAGUUACUGUUUUCAACAGUAAUUAGAACAAACCAUUAUUUUGUUGCAACAUGGAAUAGUGGCUUCCAGUUUGGUUCAUUAUGGCACUCCAACUUGUGUACUACAUAUUGAAAAUUUUGUGUUGUAGAGUUGUCUUUGAUUGUUUGGACUGUUAACUUAGAGAUUAACUUUCUACUGGUGUAUUUAUUUCUUUUAAAUUAUUAUCAUAGACAUAAUUUUAAUGCUUUUUCACAGUCCUCCACUGUUAGUUUUUAGGGGCCAUUCACAAAGAACGUGUUUUUGCAUUCUACUCCAUUGUUUUUCUGUAUAAGCAUGCACUAGAUGGCCAUUAUUGACCAUUGACUCUUUCGAAGUAAACGCACGAACGCUGCAUUUUUAGAAUGCAGUGCCCAAUUAAAAGACAUUAAAAAAACCUUGGAUUUUUUCAUUCCAUGUUCCAGGCAUCUCACGUUUUUAAAUGUAGAAACACUUUCUGUGUGAACAUCUCCUUAGUGAAUGUUUUUGUAAUCAUAACUGUUUGGUUUAUAACUGUUUGGUUUACAACUCGAACUGUCAAUGCAGUUCAGCUGGAUGAGAUAAAACAGCAUUUUAUAUAAAGCUGGAUCUUUAUCAGUAGCUUGCUGUGGUUUUCUGGAUAUUACUGCUGAAUAUUCAACUAGAUUAUCAACCCAGCUUGACACUUUGCGCAGUCAUCAUUUAUCUAGAAGGACUGUGGUGAUCACUGGGUGACCAGUAGAAAUGCUUAACGCCUUUAUUCUUACUCAGCUGCAUAUGUAUUGUUAUGCCUUUGAAAUAUUGUCAAUGUUGAAAGUGUGUAUAAUGUUACCACCACUGGGAUUAAAGUGAUUAAAUGCACCUUAA